UUUUGAAUGUAGUUGAUAAGUGAUACGAACCAGCUACUUCCUCCUCGUAUGUUAUUCAAUAAAAAUACAAUCUUCAACAGCAAUAUUUCUUCUCUUCCUAUUUCCUUUUUCUUUGGUGGGAUUUGUGUGAAAUAAACAGACGGGGUUUGGUUUGAGGUUUCUAUAACACCGUCUACGUGGUACUGCUAUCUUCCUUCUAGUUGGACUCCUCAGGGAGGACCUAUGUUGAUGUGAAAUAGAAUGAAGGUGAAUAUAGAGUAUCAAGGCUGUGAAAAUAUGAUUGUUUGUCCUUCAACAAGCUCAUCUGCAAAAGCUGCUGUCUGCCUGAGUGGGUAUAUCCAAACACAGAUGGGCAGCAAGAUGUCUUCUAUGAUGUCCCGAAGGCCAUCUAGUUCAUCCUGUUUCUGUUUGAAUUCCGGGAAUUCAAAUACAAAGUAUACACAUCUGUUUGUCUCCAAGAAUCAUCCGUCUAGUGUUGGUCGAACAUCCCAGAGAAACUUUGUCAGCUCUUGCUUCUCCAAAGAAAAAGGCAAAUUAUGGUCUUUAACAGCUAAAGAUUUGGUUAGCACUGAGGGGACCCAGAGAAGACACCUUAAAAUUUCAAUAGCAAAUCAUGCAAUGAACAUGAGGGUUGUAGUGCCCAAAGGAAUUAAGCAAAGAAUGCUUCCUAAAGUUAAUUGUAAUGUUGGACCAAUUUCUUGGCCAUCAGGCUGUGCCUCUGCCGGAUUAAUUUGCGGGUUACUGGUUUGUUAUUCAAGUUCUGAACCUAUACAUGCCGAAGGAGCACGAGGAGGCAAUGAUGACUGUGAUUCAUCACGUGUUAAAUUGUCACAUGGAAAGAAAGUAUAUACUGACUAUUCUAUUAUCGGAAUACCAGGAGAUGGGCGAUGCAUGUUCCGUUCUGUUGCUCACGGAGCUUGCUUACGAGCUGGGAAACCAGCUCCAAAUGAGAAGCUGCAGAGAGAAUUAGCAGAUGACUUGAGGGCCAGAGUUGCUGAUGAGUUUAUCAAAAGGAGAGAAGAAACAGAAUGGUUUGUAGAAGGUGAUUUUGAUACAUAUGUAUCACAAAUCAGGAAGCCACAUGUUUGGGGAGGGGAGCCUGAACUAUUCAUGGCUUCACAUGUUCUCCAGAUGCCAAUCACAGUGUACAUGCAUGACAGAGAAGCUGGUGGCUUAAUAACCAUUGCUGAGUAUGGCCAAGAAUAUGGAGAUGACAACAACCCAAUUAGAGUCCUUUAUCACGGUUUUGGUCAUUAUGACGCUCUCCAAAUUCCCUCAAACAAAGGUGCCAAAUCUAGACUCUAGCACAUGUGUUGAACUUUUGUUAACACAACAAUCAUACACCCUUUCUAUAACCAAUGCAAAUGUGAGUCUCACAAGUAAAUUUUAUUUUCACAGUGGGAUUGAUCCAUUUGUAUUUGUGUUCGUUUUCGUUUUCGUUUUAACAAAGAUGCGGAUGAAUUAACCGUGUUUUACGAGUUAAUAUAAAUAUAUAUUUCAUUGUAUUCUCCUUUAUAAACAUAAUAGACAUUAAAAUAUCAAUUUUAUUCAUUUUCUUGCA